AAGUUAAUUUGGCUCUGAAUUAACAAAAAGUAUUUCAUCAUUAGAAUUACUUUAGUUAAUAUUAUUGUAUUAAACUUUUACUCUGCGUUUUUUCAAGUAAAAUACAUCGUGCAGUCGGGAACGUGGUCUGUGUAAACAUGGUAUUCUUUCUCAAAAGUAACAGCACUUUUAAAUAAAGUACAAGGUUAUGAAAUGAGUUUUUAGUGAGACACAGAUUUGGCGGUUAGCUUUCCCGCCAAAUUUCACACGUCAGUUUCGAAUUAACCUCAGACGUGAAAAAUGGCGGAAAGCUCAACACCAGGUAGUGAACGUACUGUAAAUAACGUAGACAUGGAUAAAGAAGAAACAGGAGAUAACACUGAAGUAACAAUGCUUGACGUUCUUAAAGAAGAACUGGAACUUGAAGAUGAUGCGAAAGCUGUUCUGGGCGCCUCUGAUGACAAGAACUGUACAUAUUCACAGGGUUAUGUGAAGAGACAAGCCUUGUAUGCAUGUGUUACUUGCAUUCCGUUAACUAACGAUGAUUUCAAACCAGGUGGAAUAUGCCUUGCAUGUAGUUACCAUUGCCAUGAAGGCCACGAAUUGGUCGAGCUUUAUACUAAAAGGAAUUUCCGCUGUGACUGCGGGAACAGCAGAUUUCCAAGAAAGUGUAAUUUGGAACCUGAGCGAGAUAGUGUCAAUGAGCUGAACCAGUACAAUCAGAAUUUCCGUGGCGUGUACUGUACAUGCCAUAGACCAUAUCCUGAUCCCCAAGAUGAAGAGCCUGACGAAAUGGUUCAGUGCAUUGUGUGUGAAGAUUGGUUCCAUGGAAGGCACUUAGGCCAGCCAAUGCCUGAAGAAUAUGCUGAAAUGGUGUGUUCAGCAUGUGUCAAGCAGCAUAAUUUCUUGGCGAGGUAUGCUGCAGGGCCUGUAGUCAACGUUACAGAUGAUGGUGCUGAUGCAACAAUAAAACAAGGCUGUCCUCUUCUGCAGACCUUUCCUCCUGCAUCAGCAUUAUGUCUUGGAGCUGUAUUUUUUUCUGACGGCUGGCGGAAAACACUGUGCACUUGUUCAAGUUGCAAGGCUAUGUAUGAAAGUGAAGGAGUACUUUUUCUUCUUGAUGAAAAGGACACUGUACAAGCUUACGAAGCAGAAGGAAGUGGUACGGAAACAGAAUCACAAUAUGAAAGAGGCAUGCGAGCUCUUUCUUCACUUGGGCGUGUUCAGCAAGUGGAAGCUAUUGAAGGGUAUAAUGAUAUGAAGACAUGCCUAAAGGAGUACCUCCGGAAAUUUGCUGACAGCAAAAAGGUUGUGCGGGCUGAAGACAUUCACGAAUUCUUCUCUGGUUUGGAAGCAAGAAAACGACAAAGAACUGUUGCUGUGCCUCCUGCCACUUGCCAUUAGUCUGUAUUUUCUCCAUUUGGAUUGUAAACAACACUACAGAUGUAAUCAGCUACAAAAUUUGUUUUUAUGUAAAUUUCUACAGUAAAAAUAGUAUUGUUCAGAACUAACAUGUGUGGUUGGUUACUGUUUUCAGCAUAUUAAAAUAUACUUACUUAGUUUCCACGUUUAA